UCAGCAUUCUUUAAGCAGUCGGCAAACAUCAUUGUUCAAGCACGCACAAUAGAGAGUGUUGUGUGUUGCUAAUCCAACGUCCAAGGCUGAGGAUCGGGUUGUAUUGUUUGAACACUCCUCUGGUGGUCGACGACUCCUCGCCCUUCUCCGUUUCCUGCUUUGAUUGCUCCUUUUUUUCUGAUGAGUUGUCUGAGAGUUUCUAUUGUUGUUUCAAUUUGAUCUGAGUUUGAGUCCUACAAAACAUUUUUGCUAUUCCCAGAUCUGGGAAUCCAUAUUUCUCUCCUGUUUCCUUCUCCAUCAAUCUCUUUUACCAUCCUCUCAAGAUGAAAAGACAAAAACCCACUCCUUCAGAAGAUCCGAUCUAUGAGGCGUCUUCCUCAUGGACCACUCCACACAUAGGUGAUUAUGAAGGCGGAACCAAAAGGCCAAAGGGAAAUGAUUACGAAGUUUUCUUGAGUUUCAGAGGGGAAGACACUCGCAAAAGCUUCACUGAUUAUCUUUAUACUAGCCUUAUCAGUGCAGGAAUUCAUGUAUUCAGAGAUGACAAUGAGCUCCGUGUUGGUGAGGAGAUUGGUCCGGAGCUUCUCUGCAACAUUACACAGUCCACGAUCUCGAUCCCGAUUAUCUCUGAGAACUACGCUUCUAGCAAAUGGUGCCUUUGUGAGCUGGUUCAAAUGUUGAAGUGCAAGAGAAGCAUAGGGCAAAUAGUGUUGCCCAUAUUUUACAAAGUGCAACCCUCACAUCUUAAAAGGGGCUUGGGAGAUGCUAUUGUUGCCCAUAAAGAGAAUUUGGACGAAAUGGGUGUAAAGGAAUGGGAAGAAGCGCUCAAAGAAAUCAAAUCCUUGAAAGGAUGGGAAUCGGAGAAAAUUGAAAAUGGGCACGAAGGAGCAUUGGUCAGAAUUGUUGUCACAAAAGUUAUGAGCGAGUUAAAAAGAACUUUUCAGCUAACUGUUCCCCAACAGUUGGUUGGAAUUGACGAUCGUAUCGAUGACAUUAUGAGCUGGAUAGAUGAUAAAUUUAAUGAUACAAAGAUUAUCGGACUUUAUGGAAUGGGCGGCAUCGGUAAGACGACUCUUGCAAAGGUGUUGUACAACAAACUCUCUCGUCAUUUUGAGUAUCGUAGCUUCGUGGCAAAUAUUCGAGAAAAAUCUCAGCGCCAGGGUAUUGAAUGCAUACAGGACAAACUAAUUUCUGAUAUAAUCAGAAGUUCGUGUCAUGUGUCUAAUGUUGAUGAGGGAAUAGGUGUCAUCAAAUCUCGAUUUACAAGUAAGAAAGUCCUAGUUCUUCUCGAUGAUAUUGAUGAUAAUGCUCACUUGAAUGCUUUGGUCGACGAUGGUAGUUGGUUUGGAGCAGGAAGUAUAGUCAUCAUUACAACCAGAGACAAGAGCAUUCUCGAUGAUGCUAAAACAGGCUACAAAUACCCACUCAAUGAGUUGUCUAAGGAUCAAUCAUUGAUUUUGUUUAGUAGACAUGCAUUUCGAAAGGAUUUUCCUCAUAGUGAUUAUGGGGUCAUCUCUCGUGAUGUCGUAUCUACUACUGGAGGGCUUCCAUUAGCUCUUGAAGUUGUAGGUUCAUUUUUAUGUGGAAAGAAAAGAGAAGUAUGGAUAGAUACAUUAAAAAAAUUAAAGAAAAUGCCUGACAACAAAGUGCAAGAGACAUUGAUGAUAAGUUACGAAGCAUUAGAUCAUGAGCAGAAACAGAUAUUUUUGGAUAUUGCAUGCUUUUUCAUUGGAUCAUGUAAACAAAAUCCAACUUACAUGUGGGAUGCCUGUGAUUUUUUUCCGGAGAGGGGGAUUGAAGUAUUGAGUCUUAUGUCCCUAAUUAAAGUUGACAAAGACGGCAAGUUCAUGAUGCAUGAUCAACUGAGAGAUCUUGGAAGGGAAAUUGUUCGUCUAGAAAAUCCAAAUGAGCCACAAGACCGUAGCAGAUUGUGGAUCUAUGAGGCAAACCCAGAUGUACUUGACAACAGCAAGGGCACUAGAAAGAUUGAGGCACUUUCUCUUGGCAAAUGUGGUGAGGCAAGAAGAUACACAGCUAAACAAUUUAAAAAAAUGACCAACUUGAGGUUCCUUCUAGCGGAUGAUGUGAAUUUCACCGGAGAUUUCCAAAAUUUAUUUUCUAAAUUAAGAUGGCUUCAGUGGGCAGGUUGUCCCUCAGAUUUUACUGCGACCAACUUUCAUCCGAAGAAAUUAGUUGUACUCGAUCUGUCAGAUAGUGCAAUUUCAGAGGACUGGAAAGGAUGGGUUCCACUCAAGAUGGCAACCAAGCUCAAAGUUCUCAACCUCGAGAAUUGUCUAUCACUGAAAAGAACUCCCGACUUGUCUGCUUUCGAAAGCUUGGAGAUUUUGAUUCUUAGAGAUUGUCCAAAUCUAGAAGAGAUUCAUCCUUCUAUUGGGGACAUUAAGACCCUCGUUUCCUUGGAUGUCUCUUGGUGUACAAGACUCAAGAACCUACCGGUAGGAGUAGGUAGAAUGGUAAAAUUGAGGGAGCUUCGCAUAAAUGACACUGAUAUACAAGAGAUUCCUAUUUCGAGAGGUUGUUUGAUGGAGCUGAAAACUCUAUGUGUCGGAUGUUGUAAACGACUUUCUCAACUUCCUAAAUCUAUGGACUCCCUUGUCUCAUUGACUCUAUUGGACUUAUCUGAUUCAGCAAUUGAAGAAUUACCUGAAUCCAUUGGUUCCAUGAAGAAGCUCAAGACUUUGAAUGCCUCUGAAUGUAGCCUGUUAGCUCGCAUACCCAGCUCCAUAGGCAAUCUAGCAUCCCUACAAAGCUUGUUCUUACAUGACUGCUCCUCAUUGACAGAGAUCCCCGACUCGAUUGGAAAAUUGACAUCAUUGACUAAGCUGAACUUAGAAUACACAUCAAUUACGAAAUUACCUAAAACCAUUGGGAAUAUGCCAAAUUUGAGGAACUUGAAAAUUAGUGAAAGUGACAUAACGGAAUUGCCUGAUGCCAUCGGGAAGUUGGCAAAGCUCCGAAAGUUGGAAGCUGAUGGAUGCAGAAAGCUAGAACGACUACCUAGUAAUAUAUGCGAAUUGGUUUCGUUGGAGGAGCUUUCUUUAGGACAAUCCGGCAUUUCGAGCUUGCCAGAAAGCAUUUCUAAGCUCUCUUCUCUCCAAGAGCUAGAUGUUAGAUAUUGUGAAAACCUCCGAGAAUUACCAGAACUGCCCUCUGGGUUAACAGAUCUAAGGAUCACCUACCAGAGUCCGUCGUUGCCCCAUCUUUCCCAACUAACCCGUCUUAAGAAACUCGCUCUUUGUCAUUGCCCCUGGCUUGAACGUGUCCCAGAGCUUCCCAUUGGACUAUCGCAGCUUCAUAUUAAUGGUUGCGGAAAAUUGAAAGAGUUCACAAAUUUGUCAAACUUGAAGCACUUAUCAAAGUUGAGUCUCGACAAGUGCUUUGAUCUCGUAGAAGUCAUCGGCGUGGAAGGUUCACAUUGCCUAUCCAACUUACCCGCAGGGCAAUGCCCUAAGAUAUCUAGGGUUGAUGGGAUUGAAGAUUCUUCGAAGUUGAUGAGCCCAAAGGCAUCUCAGCUCGAUGGAUUGUUGGAUCUUUCCGAUUCAAAGAUUCUGCAGAGAAUGGACGCCGCAGCAAGUUGCACGAAUUCAGUUGAAAUCCAAGACCUUGGUGAAUCAAAAUCCUCUCAAGUGUCGGAUAUCCUUAAGUGCACGUCUGCCGAACAAUUGCUAGACUUUUCCAGUUUUAAAUACCUGAGAAGCCUUUUUGUUUGCGGUUGCAAUAGUGUAACUGAAAUUCAAGGCCUCGAUGGAUCGGAAUCGUUGAUAGAUUUGAAAAUUAUAUAUUCCCGUUCCCUCAAAUCAGUGGACCUCUCGAACGUAAAGAAUCUGCAGGAUUUUUAUUCUGGGGGUUGCGAAAAUUUAGUUGAAAUUCGAGGGCUCGAGGGAUUAGGACCAUUGCGGUCAUUCGCUAGUUUCGUAAUGCAGAUAUAUGUCAAAAUUAAGAGAGCACGGUCGAUCAAGAAACUUGCAAUAGAAAGGAAGAACAAGGUACAAACUUUUGGAGCAACGGCAAGGAUGGACAAAAUUGCCUUUAUUUUUGAACAAGUUCGUCUGUGCAUAGAUGUCCAGGAUUAUGUCUGUUCACAUAUCCUUUCCAGGAAGAUUGGCCCCCGAGUGUUUGAUACAGAUCCUUCCAAAGAGAAGAAAAAGCCUAAAGAAGGUGAAAACAUUGUGGAACAAGCACCAGCUGAUGUUCUGUCACUUCUGGAGUUGAAAUGGAUAUACUAUGACUCAUGGGUACGGUAUAGGUAUGAUUCACAUAACAAUGAUUACCUUGAGAUUUGUCGAUACUAUAAGGCGAUAUAUGAGAUUCCAUCAGUGAAGGGCAACCCGGAGCAGUGGAUACCGUCAAGCCUUCUUAAUGCCACUUUAGAGGAUAAACAUUUCUCAGAAAUUCCCCAAUUCAGCCAUGCCUUUGAUAAUUUAACGCAGGUUGCUGCUGAAACAAUUGGUCACAAUGGAGAAUAUAUUGUCGUUCCGAAGUAUUACUCGAGGAUUACCUUGAAGAUACUUGCAGAGCUGUUGUGCCUCAUCAUCCAGGGAGCUGAGAAGCAUCUUUCCUUAAUGGUUAUUUCCAAGUCCCUGGUGGCAAAGGCCAAUGGGAGUUGUCAGUUUCCAAACGACAAAGGACAGCAAUGA